AUGCAAGGGCUCACCAAACUUUCCGGUAUCAAAAGCCAAUCUAUCAUGAUAGAGCUUUUCGAAUUCACCUAUCCAGAGAAGGUUUACUUUCUGGUGUUGCAUUUAUGGUUUUACUGUGAGAGAAGGAAUAGGAAGAAGCAGCACAUGAAUAGAGAAAGUGAUGUUUCUGAAAGCUCUGAAGUUUCUGAUGGUCCUGAAGAUAGGAAAAGGGAAGAAAAAGCUUCAUCUUAUGAUGACAAGGAUGGCCUUGAAGAGCAGAUAAGGCAAAUUCUGUUAGAUAUUGAGAUGCUUGAUGACCAUAAAUCCCAACUUGAGAUCUUUUUGGAUGAGAAGGCUGAUGAAGCAUACAAGCUUUUUAGUCAGAUAGAGGAGCUUGAAUCACAAAUUAACAAAGAGCAAGAAAACUGUAGAAGGAUCACUUCAAAGAUUAAAAAAUUCAUUAAAGCUCAUGGAUGGUAUAUAAAAGCACAGGAGGAGUAAAGAAGGCAAAUGUUGUUUGUGGAAAUAAGAAAUGUUAUAGCAUUUGUUCAUUUUAUUGGCUUGCAUCUGUUUUGAUCUUGGUUGGCCCAUGACAAGGGAAUGUUGCUCCAUCGCAACAUGGGUGUUGCAUGUUCUAACAGUAUAGACAGCAGCCUCUACAUGUGGAGGGAUCAGAUUUCCCUCCCCGGACAUGCAGUGGCAGGAGCAUCUGGCACUAGGCUGCUUUUCUUUAUCAUUUUUGUUUUGAACUUAGCAGACACCUUGUUUUUUAAGCAUCUGAAUAUGGAGACGAGACAUCAAUUUUACAGGUCGCAAACCCAUCUACAGAAGAUUGGUUGUCAGCUUAGUUCAGAUACCUUAAGAACUUAUGCCAACGAAGAUGAUCCAAGCAUCAAUGUCACCAGUGAUGGAGAUCCUAAUGAUGAUGGGAAAUCAAAAAAAUAUGAUCAUAUGAGUAAUAUGUUAUCAAUCAAGAAGAGAUCACUUGAAUAUCCAGCCACAAGCAAAGAACUUAAAUUGGGAUUUCACGAAAGAGAGAGAUCCAGAUGUGAUAUUUAAACCUGAUAAACUUCCAAGGUUUGAAGGACCUGCCUAUCAGUCGGAAAUUAUCAGUAAAGGAACUGAUUGAACGAAAGCAAUCCUGACCAAAAAUAAGUCAGCGGUAGAGGACUACAAUCACAAACAAGGAAGAAUUGAUUCUUCUACCUUUGCCUCUUUGAAUAAGGGGAAGAGUUCUUAAGUGCAACAUUCCUUCCGUUUACUGGUAUGGCUGCUCCUGCAGAGGAAUUUAUAGAGGCUACUGAACCUGAUGAGAAACCUGAAACUAUAGAAACUAGUGCGGUCUUUGAAAUUGAUGAUGUGGAUUAUGUGACUAAGUCUACUAACAUGCCUCCACCACCUCCAGUCACGCAACAAACAAACAAGCAGCACGAGGGUGAUAAUGAGGAAUUUGAUGGGGGAAAAGGUAGACCCUGAAAUGCUGGAUAAAGACAUGAACAGUGAGGUGGAUAUUUGAGCAGGUAUGACUCAUGAGCUCUGGGAAGAGGCGGAGGCUGUCUGCAUCUAAUUUCCUGUGACGAGACUAGAAACAUGGUGAUCUGAUUACCUCUUUGUACCUUCAAGAAACCUCCAGAAGCUGGGCGUCUUGGUUAUUAAAUUUUCUAGGACCCGGAUUGGUGCUCAGUUCUGUUUUUUUGACUAAUACAACAGAAUAGGUACUCAUUUUGCUUAGUAUUGUUGAUGAAAGGGACAUAAACCUCAGCAAUUUCUCGGUAUCAGUGUCCUCAAUUGGUAUAGCAAAUGCAUCCUUGUAGUUUUUUCUUAUUCCCUUAAGCAUGUGUCUUUGCCAACAGUGCUUUGUGGAUUUUUUUUUGUUUUCACUUGCCCUCUGAACUUAGAGCUUAGUAUUCUAUUGAUGUGAGUAUCAAGUUGUUAUUUGGUGAAAUGUAUGCGGAUCUGGAUGACCUUUCGUUUGUAUCAGUUAC